AUGUAAUGUACAAACCCAAAUCCUCCGAGGACUAUAUGAUAUCGCGUGACUCAACAAACGUUAUGAAAUCACCACGCUAUCACUCAAUUGCUCUCUAGCACUUAUGAGCCCUUGAAAAUCGUCUUAUCAACAGACCAGUCCAACACAACAACGAGCAACCAACCUCCCUCAAUAUGACAGAUCCGAACUUCCACAUUACCACCCCGCGUUUGUACCUGUCCUACUUCCAGCCUUCCAUUCCCACCCACUGUGACUUCCUCGUCACCCUCUACAACACACCUUCCUUCAUCGCCUCCUCCGGUGCCACCUCUAUCACCACCCGCAGCGCAGCCGAGAAAUGCCUUUCUGGUCGCUUCCGCGAUGAGCACGCCCGCAACGGCUACGGCACCUAUCUGGUCAGCCUCCGGCCACCGUCCACGCUGAACGAGCCCGAGGACGAGACCACGCCGUUUCCUGAACGCCUAUCCGCGUGUAAGCACAUUGGCACUGUUUCGCUCAUGCGUGGGUCAUCACCGACUGCGUAUUCUGCUCCGGAUCUAGGCUUUGCGAUAUUGCCUGAGGAGAACCGCAAGGGGUAUGCUCGAGAGGCUUCCGCUGGGUUGCUGGCGUGGGCAGAGAAGGAGAGGGGCGUAUAUGACGUGCUAGGGCUGCAUGAUCCGUCGAACGAAGGUUCUAAGGGUGUAUUCAGGAGCUUGGGGUUCGAGAAUCGAGGGAUCCAUACUUUGAAAGAGUUUGGAGGCGUGCAGGGUGUAGUGUGGACGAAAAGGGGCAUGAACAGCGAACUCACCGUAUACGGAAUCUAGCAAUCAGACGAAGCA